AUGAGUGCCUUUUUGGAUAAACCCAAAACUGAAAAACAUAAUGCUCAUGGUGCUGGGAAUGGUUUACGCUAUGGUCUGAGUACCAUGCAAGGAUGGAGAGUGGAAAUGGAAGAUGCACACACAGCAGUUGUAGGUAUUCCUCAUGGCUUGGAAGACUGGUCAUUUUUUGCAGUUUAUGAUGGUCAUGCUGGAUCCCGAGUGGCAAAUUACUGCUCAACACAUUUGUUGGAACACAUCACUACUAAGGAAGACUUUAGGGCAGCUGGAAAGUCAGGAUCUGCUCUUGAGCCUUCAGUGGAAAACGUCAAGAAUGGUAUCAGAACUGGCUUUUUGAAAAUUGAUGAAUAUAUGUGUGACUUUUCAGACCUCAGAAACCGGAUGGACAGGAGCGGAUCAACUUCAGUAGGAGUUAUGAUUUCACCUACGCAUAUCUACUUUAUCAACUGCUGUGAUUUACGGGCUGUUCUGUAUAGGAAUGGACAAGUCUGCUUUUCUACCCAGGAUCACAAGACUUGUAAUCCACGGGAAAAGGAGAGAAUCCAAAAUGCAGGAGGCAGCAUAAUGAUACAGAGCGUUAAUGGUUCAUUAGCAGUGUCUCCUGCUCUGGGGGACUAUGAUUACAAGUGUGUUGAUGGCAAGGGCCCAACAGAACAACUUGUUUCUCCAGAGCCUGAGGUUUAUGAAAUUUUAAGAGCAGAAGAGGAUGAAUUUAUCAUCUUGGCUUGUGAUGGUAUCUGGGAUGUAAUGAGUAAUGAGGAGCUCUGUGAAUUUGUUAAAUCUAGGCUUGAGGUAUCUGAUGAUCUGGAAGUUGUAUGCAGUCAGGUGGUGGACACUUGAUUACAUAAGGGAAGUCGAGAUAACAUGAGUAUUGUAUUAGUUUGCUUUUCAAAUGUCCCCAAGGUCUCAGAAGAAGCAGUGCAAAAAGAUUCAGAGUUGGAUAAGCACUUGGAUCACGAACUUAUGGAGAAGUCUGGUGAGGAAGGAAUGCCUGAUCUUGCCCAUGUCAUGCGCAUUUUGUCUGCAGAAAAUAUCCCAAAUUUACCUCCUGGAGGAGGUCUUGCUGGGAAGUGCAAUGUUAUUGAAGCUGUUUAUAGUAGACUAAAUCCACACAGAGAAAGUGAUGGGGGUGCUGGAGAUCUAGAAGACUCAUGGUAGCCUUAUAAGCCUUCUAAAAUGCUUUUGAUUCUGAAAAUUGGGGGAAAA